AUGAGUGGACAUGGUGAUGCACUCACUAUGUCUCAGGAAAGCCAAGUGGAUGGGCGUUUAAGGAUAUUUGAUGCAGGCCAAAAGACAGUCAAGAAGAGUUCUGCCAAAAACUGGGCCUUCUGGCGGAGCUUCAGGACUCGCCGGGACAGCCAGGGCCCAGCCCCACCGCCCACAAAGCCAAAACCGCUCUUCGGAGUUUCUCUGGAGGAUGUGUGCGAUGAUGACAGCCUGCCCACCCCAAUCCGAGAUAUACUUUACUUUAUCAAUCAAAAAGGGCCACUCACAGAAGGCAUCUUCAGAAAACCAGGCAGUAUAAAAUCAUGCAGAGCCCUACAGGAGAAGAUAAACUCUGGGGACAAAGUGAACUUGGAUGAGGAAUCCGUUCUUGUGGCAGCGUCCGUCUUCAAGGAUUUUCUUCGAAAUAUCCAAGGAAGUAUAUUUUCGGCCAGUCUCUAUGAUAAAUGGCUUGGUGUUAUUGACCAGGGGAACGAGGAGGAGAAAAUAGCUGCAGCCCAGAGUCUUUUAGGCCAGCUGCCAAGAGCUAAUGUAGUUCUCUUGCAAUACCUUUUUGGAGUGUUACGCAACAUUGAGCAGAAUUCCUCAUCCAAUCAGAUGACAGCUCACAAUUUAUCAGUGUGUAUAGCCCCAAGCAUUCUUUGCCCACCUCGUUCUGGCAGCUCAGCAUUAGAAAACGACUUCAGAAAAAAGGUAAUAAGAUCUCUCAUUUUUAUGCCUUAUGGGAAGGGGUCCCCGCUUCGAACCUGA